AUGGGGCAGAAGCAAAAUCAAAGACGACCUAAUGCUCUCACUCAACAGGAUGAAGCAAAGAAAGAACCCUUGACAAACUCCAAGGAGCAACAGUCACAUCAGUGUUGUACUGAUGAUCUCACUCAACAGGUCAAAGCUACUGAAAGGUCAGUUCCAAAAAUCAAGCCAAGGACCACACACAAUCAGCAGACAAAUGACAAAGAGAUGCCUGAAGGUACUGAUGAGCUCAAUCAAAAGGGCCAAAAGACUGAGAGGUCAGCUCCCGAGAUCAAAAGAAAGCCCAAACACGACCAACAUACACCUGGGAAAGAGUUACCUGCAAUCAAAAAACACCUGAAGCAGUUUAACAAAAAACUGAGGGAGGAGGUGUUCAAGGAGCAGUUGAAGCAGCUAGGAGGUAGUGACAUUACCAGCAAGUUUUUUGCAGAUCUUAAUUUCACAUGUCGCAAGAUGGACAAGAGAGGCGGAAGUUUACAGCUGAAGUCACACGGUAUAGUCCUCUACAUACCAUCAAGAGCUCUUGGAGAUGACCUUCAGGAUAUAUUCAUCUAUGUCAAAGACACCGUGCAGUCAUCUUAUCAAACUGUAAAGAUGAUUUUUUGUGGAACCAGCGGGCCCAAAGGCAACAUUUCUGCAAUUUUAACUUUCCCAAUGAAGCACUCCUGCAAAUGGGAAUUGUGUGGAGAUCAUCAAGGUUCCGUUGCAAAUUCUAGUGCAGACAAAUCUGGCUGUAUGAGUGACACAGUAAAGUUUUGUGAUGGCCUCUGCAUAAUGAUUACGGAUCACUCUAUUAGGAGAGAAGACCAACGUCUCACAGACGCCCGGGCUGCUGAUGUGCCCCCGCUUACAGUUAAGACCUUUUACUUGGGGAUUGGAGCAACAGAACCUUCAGACAAAGAUGGAGAAAUGAACAUCACGUCAAAGGAACCACAGCUGCGACUAAUUGUUUAUAAUGUUGAAGAUCAACAUGCUACAAUAACCGCACAGGUAGCAGUCUGA